AUGGCUCGAGGAGCUUCCAAAUGCCUCUUCUUAUUCUUUCUCUUUAUUCUUAUUGUCUGCUCUUCAGGAACUCUGGUGGGUUUCUUCUAUGAUGCAAGAAAAAGCAAUGAAAUUUUAUCUCCUACUGAAACAAUAUCAUUCCUUAAACUCAACAAGGUCACCCCAUCUCAGAUCAAGGUACUUGUUGCAGAUCACAGGGUUUUAGAUAGUUUAUCCAACACUAGUGUGUUUGUUGAUCUCUACUUGAAUAAAACCCAAGCUGAGAAUCUGAGAAAUUACAAACCCUCUGCAAUUUCAUGGCUCAAAACCCUUUCAACAACCUACCUCCCACAUGUACACACCAAAAGUGUCGUAGUGAGUAGUAGAAGGAAUGACUUGCCAGGAGAGUUGCUUGUGCUUUUAUCAACAUUGAAAUCAAUCCAUUCAAUGCUCGGUAGUUUUCGACUUGAUACAGAAGUGAAACCGUCCGUGGCACUACCCCUGUCGUUCUUAGAAAACUUGAAUGGGAAACACGAAGGAGACCUGCAUAGAAUUUUUGAUUUCAUCAAUAAAACUAGGUCCUUCAUUACUGUUGAAGCAAGUAUAGAUGGAGAAUUGAGUAUGGGAGAUAGAUUUGUUGAAUUGGUGAUCAAAAGAGCUACCUUGGCUGCUUCUGUUUUUCCUGAUGAUGUUGUUUCAAUGGUUUUGGCAAUUAAGAGCUCUGCAGUUCCUAGUGCUGUGGAAGUAGCUGAAUUUGGUGAUAAGAUUUUGAAAUCAUUGAAGAACAGCCCUCAAAUUAAAGGGAAGAUUUCUGGGUUGUUUGUAGAAGUAUCUCCAAUUAAAGAAUUUGAGCAGAAAGAGCUCAAAAGGGAAGAAGAACAGAUAUUUCAUUCAUCGCAUAGAGAACUCCUCGACAAAUUUAACUACAGAAUAACUCAACACGACUCGAUUAAUCCACCUACCACAAUAUUUCCUACAACUCCCAUAACGAAUCCUGUGACAACGCCAGUCACUGUCCCUCCGGAUAGCUCAGCCCCAACAGUUGUUACCAUUCCAUCUACCAAUCCUGUCACAGUAACGCCAAAUCCGGCUUCCACUCCUCUGACAGUUCCCUCCACCAACCCCGUCCCUGUACCUUAUACAAGUCCAAUUGACUCACCGGUGCCAAUCACCAAUCCUGUUACAACGCCAAGCACAAAUCCAGGGGCGCAACCAGUCACCAACCCUGUGACUACUUAUCCACCAUCAGGAGGUGUUCCUGUCACGACCCCAGUCACAGUCCCAGUGACACCCCUGUAA